AGACUUGGGCAGGUCCUGAAGAACGAGAAUAUAUCAUGCCCACUUCUCUUCCCACCUCCUCUUUACUUACAAGACAAGUUUGAAUUAUAAAAAUAAUAAAACAAUAUGUCUGCUGAAGGAAAAUCUGUCCUUUUGACCGGAGCCAGUGGUUUCGUAGCUUCUCAUAUCCUCUCCCUUUUGAUUGAGGUACUCUCCCAUUUGAAUAUAUUUGUAUGAUUGAGUGUCUAAUGGAUUUCUAGUACGGAUACAAGCCUACUGCCAGUGUUAGGUCUUCUUCAAAAGCUGAUCAAAUUCUCGACCUUCAUCCGGAAUGGAAAGGAAAGGUGGCAUUUGUGUUUGUACCUGAGAUCACAACACCUGGUGCCUUUGAUCAUGUUUUCAAAGCCCAGGAAAAAAAAGGCGGCUUUGCUUACAUUAUUCAUACCGCGUCUCCAGUUACUUUUUCCGUUAAGGAUGUGAAAAAAGACUUGAUUGAUCCUGCUGUUCAUGGGUGAGUAUACAGUCCUACCACUUUUGUCACCAAUGUCUAAAGUAUUUCAAAGCACUAUAGAGAUCCUUAAAGCUACUCACGAACUAGGGGGCAAGCAGGUCAACCGUUUCGUGCUACUUGGAAGUGCUGUCUCCGUUCUUGAUUCGUUUGAAGACUUGAAUGCUCCUGAAGGAAAGGCUUAUACAGAAGAUGAUUGGAAUACUGUUCGUCUCCAUGCACCCCACAAUAACAUCAUGACUAAUGUUACCUUCAGGCAGCUGAGCAUGAUGCAGUAUCUUCUCAAAGCCCUCUCCUCGGAUAUAAUGUUGGCAAGAAGAAUGCUGAAUUAGCGGCGGUGAGAAUACCCUUUCCCCCAAGCCGGAGGACUUAUUUCCGCGUCAAUCACUUCAUUUUCAUGUAUUCGCUGACAGCUUAACUACAGUGGUCUUUUAUUAAGGAAAAAAAGCCGGCUUUUGACCUUGUGGUGAUCAAUCCCGAUGUCAUUAUAGGCCCUAUGCUUCAACCCGUCCCUAGUUCCAAAAAUAUCAACGAAACAAAUGAAUUCGCUUGUUAUGCAUUCAUUAAUGGCACUCACAAGAGAGUCGAUGAUGCCGUGUUCGCAUUCUGGGAUUUUGUAAGUUCGGUCUUCCUUAGUCUACAUAUACUAGGUUCUUCUUGAUUUUCAUCAAACUAAUCAAUCUAAAGGUCGAUGUUCGCGAUGUAGCUCUAUUGCACAUUAUUGCGCUUGAAUCUCCGCUUAUGGCUAAUACACGUAACAUCAUGUACUCCGGUCCUCUUUCACCACAGUUAAUUGUGAAUGCCAUUCGAAAAAAUUUCCCGGAAUUGGAAUCAAGGUUGCCCAAAGGAGGUGACGAGAAACAAGUUUUUCCAAAAGGUUUACAUCCGACCCCAUUGAAUAACGCUAGAAGCUUGAAGAUCUUCCGGCAAGCCAAAGGUCAGGAUUGGAGAUACAGGACCUUGGAGGAAUCCAUAGUGGGAAGCGUAAAGUCAUUGCUUGAGCUGGAGCAAAAAUGGGAUUCUUAAGCUGCUUAUUGCACAGAUUUUGGGACUUGUCAAAAGCUAUGGGAGUUAAUUGGUCCUUUGCCGUACCCUGAAAUGGGCUUUCUCCGCGCAGCUGUCAAAUCAUGUUUUAAUACGGCGAUCUUAAUCUAUGCCAAUUUCAAAUACUACUUCUCCCG